AUGUCUCAACAGUCUCAUCUAUGUUGCCUUGGAGGUGUGGGCACCCCACCGUCAGACAAACCGAAGAAUUUUGACGAAUUGAAUAUCAGCAACGUUGGGGAGAAUUGGGACGAGGUAUUUACGCUCUCAUACAACUUCAGAGUUUGGGUCAUUACCGACAGCCGAGGUGACUGGAAAUUGUGGCCCCAAGGCUACUUCCUGUGUCCCAGUAUUUGGAUUGCUGUGGCUAACAAAUUGGCAAAGGAGAAGACAUGCCUUGGUGAGCACGGAGCUGUGGUCAAGGUCGAUGCCAAUGCUAAGGAGGUCUCCAAAUCUUUCUACAAGUCAGUCAAUCACAAAAUAUUGGCCGGCGGCAUUUGGGGCCUUGAAAACACCAACUUGUCGAAACCCAAUGACGAGAUUGUGAGCACGUAUGUUCAUCGCUUUGACCACGGAUAUCCCACGUCCCCUGGAGCGCAACGUGCACUGACCGAUAUCUUACACACUACCUCCAACAGAAGACCGUUCUGCCUUGAGGCCGCUUAG